GUUCCUACCGGAUUAUGUUUUGUAGAGGACAGGAGGUCGAAUAACAGGAAGAGGAGCAGUAGUCACUAUGGCGGAGACGCACAGCUUGCAGGACCUGCGGCAAGCAGCCGUCGCCUCUAAAGUAUUCGUUCAGAGAGACUACACUUCUGGAACUAUCUGCAAGUUUCAGACCAAGUUCCCAGCAGAGCUGGAAAGCAGGAUUGACAAGCAGCAGUUUGAGGAGACCAUACAGACUCUGAAUAAUCUCUAUGCAGAGGCGGAAAAGUUGGGCGGCAGGUCAUAUCUGGAGGGCUGUCUGGCCUGUCUCACUGCGUACACAAUCUUCCUCUGUAUGGAGACCCACUAUGAAAAAGUGCUGAAAAAGAUUGCCAAGUACAUCCAGGAGCAAAAUGAGAAGAUCUACGCUCCGCUUGGGCUUCUCUUGACUGACCCCAUAGAGAGGGGCCUCAGGGUUGUGGAGAUCACUAUUUUUGAGGAUAGAAGUAUUGGUUCAAGAUAAAACACACCAAAGGAUAAUGAUUGGAUUGUGAUUAUUGGCCUGCUGGAUUCAGAACCUGCUUCUCCAUCUCAUAAUAUCACAACCCUAUUGCUUCAAAUGUAGAUAGUAUACCUUUUUUCCAGACCUUUGUUCUUUUAUUUUUUUUUUUUUUUUUUUUUUUUACAGAGGGAGAGAGUGGUUAUAUUAUGUAUCUUAGUGAAACUCUCCAAACCAUCUUUCCCUCAGUUAACAGCUUUCCGAUGUCUUACUUAAUCUGAGUUGUGCCAUGUAAUUUUUAUAUUGCAGCUCCAUUGUGUUCCCUUCUUUUGUUUUCUGUAUAUACUUGUCUUGAAUGGGAAGCAUAGAUGAAGUGCACAAUGUUCAGUCACAAUAUUGCAUCUUGGUUAUUCAAAUCCUUUGUGACUGUUUUCAUAGUAAAUUGUUUUUGAGAAAUCUGCUCCAAUAUGUGCUUGUUAAAACGGUCAUGAAGAAGCUUCAGAUUUGUGUAAGUGGAAAUUUGAGACUGAUAGUUACAAUUUGUUAUAUUUAAUGAUUUUAUGUAGUAAUCAGUUUAGUUAAAGUCAUUGUUUGUUCCAUUCCCCAGUGCAAAAAAACAAACAAAAAAAAAACAGUUGUGUUUUCUUCUAUGCUGUUUUAACACUACAUUUUACUCUAUUUACUAAUGAACUACUGUACUUUUAUUGGGGUCUGCAAUAUAAUCCUUAUUACACACAAAUGCCAAAAAUCCUUAAAAAGGCAUGGUUUGCAUUUAAUAUUGCAUCUCCAGCUUGUAUUUCAGACUGCUGUCAGUUCAACCUGUUUCUUGCGUAAAUCUUUUUAUCAGUGUUGUAUCAUAAUGUCUUUUUUGAAAAUCUUUUGACACUUAUUUAAACUAUGUAUCGUACAAUAAAUAGUGUUUUCUUGAACAAAUUAA